AUGCGCUCCGCUCGUUUGGAGGCCAAGUUUGGCGCAAAGUCUGAUUCCGACCAUGUACACACGCCCAAGCUUCCAUCACCUCCUGGUACCAAGACUCCUCCAACAGUGACGCAUACUCGUGCAAGAGCCAACAAUGAUAACGACAAUACCGCCAACCAAAAGAAUGCAACAUCAACCAAUUCGCGCAAGACAUCCGAGGCUGUUGACCCAGAUGCCUUGAGUAAAGCACUCCAACAGUUUGAAGAAGCCAGUCGGAACAGGGAACACACUCCGGGAGAAAGCCCCAAACGCAAGAGGCAGCGCGUUUACACAGACCGCUUCAUACCCAACAGAGCCGGCCAGGACCUCCACGCCAGUUACAAUUUGCUACACGACCAAGGCUCUCCUGCCACGCCGCAUCGAGCUAUCAAGAAGCCGCCUGCCAAUGAGCUCCACGUCCAGAAGACCGACGAAGCCAAUCGAACAUAUUCAUCCAUCCUUCGCUCAGAGAUGUUCAACGACGAGAUACCUCAGUCCAUCCCGCAGCACGACAGGUCGCUGACCCCUCCCGCCAACUUCAACCUUACUCCCUCAACGCCGCACAAGAACCUUUUCUCGUACAAAUCUACACAUCCUACGCCUUCGUUGACCCCACGCUCACAUUCGCGUACCGAGCGAGGGCCUAAUAUCAAUGCCCGAUCCGACAUAUACAGUUUGUCACCCGUCAAGUAUUCGUCACAGUCUAUGCUACUCUCGCCGCGCAAAACGCCCAGAGCUGUCAGUAAGGUUCCUUACAAAGUCCUCGAUGCCCCUGAACUGGCCGAUGAUUUCUAUCUCAAUCUUGUCGACUGGGGCUCAAGCGGUGUCCUCGCCGUCGGUUUGGGCGACAGUGUAUACCUAUGGAAUAGCGAAUCUGGAAAGGUCGAACAGCUGUGCAAGUUGACAGCCGAUACCGUUACCAGUGUCGGUUGGAUACAAAGAGGCUCGCAUCUCGCGGUCGGCACAGGCAGGGGACAUGUCCUCAUCUUCGAUACAGUCACGCAACGGAGGUUGAGAACCAUGAUAGGCCACUCGGCUCGUGUUUCUUCGCUUGCGUGGAAUGCUCACAUCCUUUCUACAGGCAGUCGCGAUCGUACCAUUCUUCAUCGCGAUGUGCGCUCUCCUCAACAAUACCUUACAAAGCUCGUGGGUCACAAGCAAGAAGUGUGCGGCCUGCGCUGGAACAGUGAUACGAAUCAGCUGGCAUCUGGUGGUAACGACAACAAGAUCUUCAUCUGGGAUGGUCUAGGCGACCGCUGGUUGCACCGCUGGGGCGAGCAAGAAGGAGGCCACAAGGCUGCAGUAAAGGCUAUCGCAUGGUCCCCACAUCAACGUGGCUUGCUCGCUAGUGGAGGAGGUACGGCCGAUCGCUGCAUCAAGUUCUGGAAUACAAAUCCUCAUCUCCUGCGUACUCAUGACACCGGCUCGCAGGUCUGUAACCUUCUCUUCUCGACUUUGACAUCAGAGCUCGUCUCGACCCAUGGUUUCUCUCAGCACGCCAUCAACAUUUGGAAGUACCCAUCCAUGUCGCAAGUGGUCAGUCUGACAGGCCACACAUAUCGUGUACUCUAUCUCAGCAUGAGUCCUGAUGGAAGUGUGAUCGUUACUGGAGCUGGAGACGAAACACUUCGUUUCUGGGAUGCGUUCGGUGGCGUUGGCAAGGCCAGCAGGAACGAAAACAGCGUCACGGGCAAGGGAAGCCUCGUCAAGGAAUGGAACGUUAUUCGAUGA